AUGGCCGAACCAGAAAACACAAUUCAAGCUUCACCUAUUGAUACACAUAAGAAGAAGAAGCGCGACAAAAAGAGACUCCGUGAAAUUGUUGAGGAGCAAAACGGAGCAGAAGAAGAAGAUGUGAAUGAUACUCAUAGUAACGGAGAAUCAUCGAAUAAGACGAAGAAGAAGAAAGAGGAGGUGGAAAUAGAAAAUGAAGUAGAAGAGAAAAAGGUUAAGGAUAAUAGUGGUUCUGGAAUUAUGAGCGCCGAGUCAUUUGCUUCUCUCGGAUUAUCUGUACCUACUUCUAAAGCCAUUACAGAUAUAGGAUUUCAACACAUGACUCAGAUUCAAGCAGGAUCAAUUCCGCCCCUUUUGAGUGGAAAAGAUGUUCUUGGUGCUGCAAGGACUGGUUCUGGUAAAACUCUUGCUUUUUUAAUUCCUGCCGUGGAGCUUUUGUACAAGCUUAAGUUUAAUCCUCGAAGUGGAGCUGGUGUUGUUGUCAUAUGUCCCACUAGAGAGCUUGCCAUUCAGACCCAUGAUGUUGCCAAGAAGCUUCUAAAGUAUCAUUCACAAACUCUUGGAUUGAUUAUGGGAGGUUCAGCUAGAAGAACCGAAGCUGAACAACUUGCUAAAGGGAUAAAUAUAUUGGUAGCUACUCCUGGUCGUCUUCUGGAUCAUCUACAAAAUACCAAGCGGUUCGUAUAUAAUAACCUGAAGUGCCUCGUUAUUGAUGAAGCUGACAGGCUAUUGGAAGCAAACUUUGAGGAUGAAUUGAAGCAGAUUAUCAAGCUCCUCCCAAAGAGUAGGCAGACAGCUUUAUUUUCAGCUACACAAACAAAGAAGGUUGAAGAUCUUGCUCGCCUGUCAUUUCAAACGACUCCUGUCUAUAUUGAUGUAGAUGAUGGAAGAAAGAAGGUCACAAAUGAAGGAUUGCUACAGGGUUAUGUUGUUGUUCCAUGUGCCAAGCGAUUUAGUGUUCUCUAUUCCUUCUUGAAGAGGCACCAAUCAAAAAAAGUGAUGGUCUUUUUCUCUUCAUGCAACAGUGUCAAAUUCCACGCGGACAUUUUCAAUCACAUUAAUCUGCAUUGUUCAGAUAUUCAUGGAAAACAAAAGCAGCAGACCCGGACUGCUGCUUUCCGAGACUUCUGCAAAGCAGAAAAUGGGGUCUUGCUCUGUACUGAUGUUGCUGCUCGUGGUUUGGACAUACCAUCUGUGGACUGGAUUGUGCAGUAUGAUCCGCCUGAUGAGCCAAAGGAAUAUAUUCACAGGGUUGGUAGAACAGCUCGUGGGGAAGGUGGAAAAGGCAAUGCCUUGCUUUUCCUGAUUCCUGAAGAAUUGCAGUUUCUUCGCUAUCUAAAGAUAGCUAAGGUCCCUGUGAAAGAAUAUGCUUAUGAUGAAAAGAAGGUGGCUAAUAUACAGUCUCACCUGGAGAAUUUGCUUGCUGAAAAUCAUUUUUUGAACAAAAUGGCUAAGGAAGCAUAUAGAUCAUACCUAUUAGCAUAUGAUUCACAUUCCUCAAAGGAUAUAUUCAAUGUUCAACGCCUCGAUCUGCAGGCUGUUGCAGCUUCGUUCUGCUUUCCAAACCCUCCAAAUGUAAGUGUAAACUUAAGCAGCAGUAAGCAAAGGAAGAAAACACGUAGAGUUGAUGGAGGCAGACAUGGAUUCAACCCCAGCAAUCCUUAUGGAAAGCAAAAUACUGAUGAUACGCGGCAGUUUGUGAGGCAUUAA